GUUUCUGGCGUCUUCUCCACGAGAAGCAAAGCCUUGAAGAAUAUAUUCUCGGUGAAUCCCGAGUCGUUUCGGCACAUCAAUUUUCCCGGGAAAACAAACAGUGCAGAAAAUGUUCAAGAACACAUUCCAAUCUGGAUUUCUUUCCAUAUUGUACAGCCUUGGGAGCAAACCUUUGCAGAUAUGGGACAAAGAAGUUGUGAAUGGCCAUGUUAAACGACCACAGGAUGAAGACAUACAAUCCAAUGUAUUGGAAAUAAUUGGAUCAAAUAUUCAGUCCACUUACAUUACAUGCCCUGCUGAUCCAGCUGCAACACUUGGUAUAAAACUUCCAUUCUUGGUUCUGAUUGUCAAGAAUCUAAAGAAGUAUUUCACAUUUGAGAUCCAAGUACUGGAUGAUAAGAAUGUCAGACGACGAUUUCGAGCUUCUAAUUUUCAAGCUGUCACUCGAGUAAAGCCCUACAUUUGCACCAUGCCACUGAGAAUGGAUGAGGGGUGGAAUCAGAUCCAGUUUAACCUGGCUGAUUUCACAAAGAGAGCGUAUGGUACUAAUUAUGUGGAGACACUGCGAGUUCAGGUCCAUGCAAAUUGUCGUCUGAGAAGGAUAUAUUUCUCUGAUCGCCUCUACUCUGAAGAGGAACUGCCGCCAGAGUUCAAACUGUACCUUCCAAUGCAGAAAUCAUGAAAAUGUUGUGGGAUGAUGGAAUUGGAGCCACGAGAAGGUUGGAUGUUAUUUAUAUGCAUGGCAUGUGUAUUGGCUUCUUUGCUCCAAAAUAUGUAUCUAUGUAAUGCUAAAACUAAUAAGAACUUUUGCAUGUACCAAAAAAAAAAAACUUUUGCUACUGCUCUA